AUGCUGCCAACUCGUUUCCCUAGCCGCGGUGCCGUCAACGCCGCGGGGCUGGAGACCCUGCUGCCGGCAGCUUCCCGCGCCGUGCUCUCGGAGUUCAUAGCCACCGCCGUGUUCGUCUUCGCCGCCGAAGGCUCCGUCUACGGCCUCUGGAAGAUGUACAAGGACACGGGCACGCUGGGCGGCCUGCUCGUGGUGGCGGUGGCGCACGCGCUCGCUCUGGCCGCGGCGGUGGCGCUGGCGAGCGGCGCCUCGGGCGGGCACGUCAACCCGGCCGUCACGUUCGGCGUGCUCGUCGGCAGGCGCAUCUCCUUCGCGCGCGCCGUGCUCUACUGGGCGGCGCAGCUUCUCGGCGCCGUGCUCGCCGCCGCUCUCCUCAGGAUCAUCUCCGGCGGCGUGCGCCCCAUGGGGUUCACGCUCGGCCACGGCAUCCACGAGCGGCACGCCCUCCUGCUCGAGGUCGUCAUGACGUUCGGGCUCAUGUACACCGUGUACGCCACCGCCGUCGACCGGAACCGCGGCGGCAACGUCGGCGCCAUCGCGCCCAUCGCCAUCGGCUUCGUCCUGGGCGCCAACAUCCUCGCAGGCGGCCCGUUCGACGGAGCCGCGAUGAACCCGGCGCGGGCGUUCGGCCCGGCACUCGUCGGCUGGAGCUGGCGCCACCACUGGGUCUACUGGGUCGGCCCGCUGAUCGGCGCCGGGCUGGCCGGCGCGCUGUACGAGUUUGUCAUGGCCGAGCAACCCGAGGAGCCGGCAGCUGCGGUCAGGCGUGAGCUGCCCGUGCCCGCCGAGGAUUACUGA